AAAAUCUAAUUUCAGUUUAAAAAUAUAUUUAUUUUUACCGUAAACAAAAAAAAUCGGAUACAAUGUUGUACCGAAUAUAUUUCGUUUCAUUUUUUUUACACAUUCUACUUUUAAACAGGGUCUGGCCGACCGGAAUCCAUGGAAACCGGACAGUUUCCAUGGAUUUAUGUGGUUCACUACAUCCCAAAAAAUCCUUUUGUCUUUCAAGAUGGAAAGACAGAGGCUGACUGGACCAACUGGUUCGCAGCAUACCAUAAGCUGGUGUCUCACUCAGAAUGCUCAGCCUCAUUCACCCGCCACCUCUACUCAAGUCAACAAGUGUCAGGUGAGCAGCGCGUCAUGCGAUGGAUUCUAUGCGAGCUGUUGUCGUCCCCUGGCUGCUGGUCACGGUGCUGGUGACCGGGGCCUGGACGCAGCCCCACAGGGAUGGAGAGGACCAGGCCUUCCCCUCGUACGGAGAGCCCCUGGUCCCCCGGGUGGAGCGGUCGGAGGGCGGCCUGCGACCGCUCUACCUCUUCGCCCGCUCGUUCCUCCGUGCCGUGCAGCCCAACGCAUUCCCCGGGGACCUUUUAGCCAGAGUGAUGAAAAACGGGACGACAGAUGAAGAUGUCCCUGAGCUGGUGCGCUACGAGGCGGGCUACCUGGUGUGUUUCCUCCUGGCCGUGCUCUACCUGCUCUUCCUGCCCAUCACCGGAGCUGCCCUGCUGUGGAGACACUGCCACCAUCGGGGCGCGGCCGCGGACCCCCCCAGCCCCGCCCCGCCCCGCUGGCACCCCGGGGACCUGGGGGCGGCGGGGGCCCUCAUCCUCACCACCCUGCUGCUGAUGUAG